UUGGAAUACUGAAGUAUAUAGGUGCUGAUUCACACUGUUUAAAAUAUAGAUGCCUUGAUAGCUUUUUGACUUGUAAGAAAACUUCAGUUUGAUGUAAGGGUCUUGGGUCAUACAAGUCUGCAACAAUAUGCUCUGAUAUAAAUGACUAUUCUGGAAAUUAUUAGAUCUUAAGCUAUGUGUUUUUGCAAACGAUCAGAAGUUUACCUCCAGCCUGUCUUGACUAUCUGUAUAGUGUAUUCUUCUCUUGCAUAUGUGUUUUCAGCAAGCGUUUAAAUAGUAGUUUUGGUAGUAAGAGUCACAUAACUUUUAGUACAAUUUACACUUUUCAUGGGUUUUUUUGGCUGGCAAUGUAGUUAAGAGCAUAAUGUUAACACUAUAAGAAGUCCUUUUGGAUUUAUAUUUAACUGAUUAGACUUAAUAUAAUGUAGAGUAAUCCAGUCCUGGUACAGCGGAAUGUUGACUGCUAAGAUACCUUAAGGACAAAAAUAACAUUUUGCUUAGUGUUGUGUUGAUAGAAUGACAUUUAUGACCUCUAUAAUCACACAUAUUUUAAAAACUAUAUAUAUUGCACAAAUCUUGCAGGUACUCCCUGAAUUUAAAUGUUGAAUGUGAACUUCAAAAUGCAAUUAGCGUGGGUUUGACUUACUUCUCGUGGUUGCAUCCAGCUCUUUCUGGAGUAGAGGAGGUUAACAAAUACAAGCUAUGUGUGCAGAGGGUCCUGGUCUUGUUUUAGAGCUCAUUUUGAAGAAGCUUAAGUGUGGCUCAGCAGACAGGGGCAGGACAGCCUUGAUAUUUUAAAAUAUCUUUGAAAUAUAGUGGUUCUGUACAGCUGUGGUGAGUCUGUGAAGCAGAGCUUUUCAGGAAGGAAAAUGAAAUUUUGGAGUAAUUGCUGCCUUCUUAUGUAAUCUUUGUUGCUUUUUUCCUUACUAAGUCAAAUUCUAACAGUAAAAAAAAAUGAAGCAAUGUGAUUUUACAUAGUUGUUUAUUUUGGCUUUGUAUUGAACUUCUAGUAAGCUUUUAUGAAGAGAAGAUACUUGAAAGUAUCUGAAAUCUGAAUGCUUGAUCUCAUGCCAUUGUUGAAAUAAGGUUUGUGACUGGUUACUGUGUUCUCAGUGUGAGCCUGAAAGCUCACUUGGCAAGAGCAUGGCCGCUUCAGAACCUCCUGUUUCUUUCUCCUCCUCCUUUGGUCCGGCGUCCUGAAGUAAGAGUGUAAGCAGUUGUCAUAAAAAAGAUAUGAAAUAUAGGCAAGUUGGGUUUGUAUAGAUGCCCUAGGAGCACAAACCUGAAGUGCAAAAUGGAGAUAGCCAGCUGUUGGUAAAGGUGCUUCAGUCUUUUCAUGCCAAAAGGACAGCAAAGUAACUCAACUGAAGAUCUAUGAAGAUAGGAGGUUUUGGUCCAGUUCCUACUCUUACCACACAGUCAAAACAGAAGGCCAAAUUUGAGUCGCUGUUUAGAACGUAUGACAGAGAUACCACCUUUCAGUAUUUUAAGAGCUUCAAAAGAGUACGAAUAAAUUUCAGUAACCCUUUAUCUGCAGCAGAUGCUAGGAUCCAGUUGCACAAGACAGAGUUCCUUGGAAAGGAAAUAAAACUGUAUUUUGCUCAGACUCUGCACAUUGGAAGUUCACAUUUGGCACCACCAAAUCCAGAUAAACAGUUCUUGAUUUCACCUCCUGCCUCUCCACCUGUUGAUUGGAAGCAAGUAGAAGAUGCUACUCCAGUUAUUAACUAUGACCUUUUAUAUGCCAUCUCCAAGUUAGGACCAGGAGAAAAGUAUGAACUACAUGCUGCAACUGACACUACUCCUAGUGUUGUCGUCCACGUGUGUGAGAGUGACCAGGAAAAUGAUGUGGAAGAAGAAACAAAGAAACCCAAACCAAAAAUUAUUCAGACAAGAAGGCCAGAUUAUACUCCUACCCAUUUAAGUUGAACUGCUGUUGUUUUUCCAAGGUUACAAGUAGACAUAUGCAAGGGAAACAUUUACUGUGGAAACAGCAGGUCAUAGGUUUGGUGGCAACAGCAGCAGUUAUAGUAGGAGGAAUUCCAAUAUGUUUGCUCAGAAAAAUAUAAAGGAAUUUUCAUCCUUAUUUUUCAUGCUGCAGGUUGAUGGAUGUCAUGAGUGCAUUCCCAGAUCACUAGGAACAAAAGAUAGGCAGAAGAUGACCUUUUGAGACAUAACAGGACAAACUAGGUUUACUUUUUUGGGGGUACUGUAGGCUGUUCCAUUAUAAAGCAAAUGGGGGAAGCUUGCUUUGUUCUGACUGAUGUAAAUCCUCAAGAUAAUAGGCUAGUCAUUGUGUGGAGUACAUAGCGAUAACGGAGGUGGUUUUGAAGAUUAAAGUAUGGGAAUUAUAAAACUUUUUCUUAUUAUAGAUUUUGUGCAUGUGUAUUCUUGGUCUCCUAAAGUAACUUUGCAUUAUUUUCUAUAGUUUCUGACAUGUUUCUGGAAAUCUGGGAAAUUGUUUAAAGUAUUUAUUAUCUCAUCAUCCUGGACUUACUACUAGAUGUGUAUAUACAUAUAUAUUUAUAUUUGGUUUUAUUGGCACUCAUUUUUCCAGCAGGCUUACAGUUUUUUCGGCACCUUAUUUUGGUGCUGUGUAACUCGUGCUUUUAAAAUUUUAACCUUUUGAAUGACUAUAUAGGGUUUUAUCUGGCAAAGUAAUGGAAAAAUGUGCAAUAGGAAAGUUGUUUAAAUAAGUCGAUUUUAAAUUAUUUAAGUUCAGAUAAUUUAUAUCUUCAAUAGUAUUUGUUUGGUAGCUUUGACUUUCUCAUUUGGAAAAAAAAAAGUACUCAAAUGUAUAAAUAAAGCUAAUGUUUCUUAUUCACAGAAAUGUUAAUUUUUCAAUGAAAAAAAUGGUAAUGGGGAGAUGUGAACUCAACUCAGUAUGUGAAUCUGCAUUGUUACGAGCAGAGGUUUUACAGUGAUUGAAAAAUUGUACGCAGUGUGUAGAACAGCGAAGAGGGAUGGAGUGCCUUUUCCUCAUUCAUUCCUGACGUGAACUGUUCUACAAGCUGCACACUUGUAUCUUUUUCUACCGGCUUUGUCCAUAGAUAUAAACUUUGCUAGCUUUGCUUCCAAAUUAAGCUGGUAUUUAGAAAUGCUUAAUGCCAAGUAGUGAUGCAUACUUAAGUAAUGGGUUUAUGUGGGAGAAGCUUUAGGGUUUUUUAUAUGUCAGUGUUUAAAGACAACAGCUCAUGACGUGCAAGUUUAGAGGAAGAAAGAUGACAGAAUUGUAUUUUAUUACUUGUUUUUUAAAAUGGAGAUCCUCACUUUGAAACAGUUGCAGUAUUUUUUUUAAGAGACAGUAACUGAUAUCUGUGGGAAAAUAUCACUUACAGUUUUAGAAGGGGGGUGUCUGAAGCUUCUCAGUGUGUUUUUAGAAAUCAAAGCAUGGUUCUCUGUUGAUUUGCUUUUGCCACAGUUGGUCUUAGAAUGAGUUUGUAGCUGGAAUUAAUACAAAGAAACUCAUUCUGUGCCAUUUGAAGCAAACAUUGACUUUAAAUUCCCAGGCUCACACCUUGUUUUUUAAAUAAAAAAUACAUAUUUUAAGAAGUAAGAUGUAUAAUGAGGCCAUUCCAAGCUGUGGCGCAGUGUAGAAGUGGUGUUAUUGAAGGCCCAUCAUUAUACAAAGCAAAGUAGAAAUUGAUAUCCUGUGUCUACAGAGAGCAGGAAUGUAUUGAACUUUUAGUGACACUUGCAGUUAUGAUCUUGUUUUGAUUGGUAUGCCCUGUGAACUGAAAGAAACACUGGUAUUUGGUGUCUGUCUUGGACCUAACUCAAGCGGCACUAUCUCAGUGUUAACAGUGUCAAGAAGAGCUAAUACCAUAUAUUGCUGGAGCUGUGUUUUAUGGACAUGGGAGUGUAUGAGGUUAUUUUGUAUUACUGAGGUGUAACAAUCAGCUGGAUGUGUGUACUGCUUAUUAACACACAAUAAGUAAAACUGAGAGAAACUUCGUAGGUUUGCCACAACUGCCUUUAAGCUUUUCCAAGGUAUUUUUCCAUGCUUCUCAAAUUACUGCUGGAUGUAGUGUUUCAUUUCAUUCAGUUUGAAAUUGUUGGAAUAAUUCCUGUUCUGUCCUUUUUACGUCUUUCUAUCAUUACCAAUUGAAGCAUUAGUUUUGCAUUAGAAACCUAGGUAGCUGCUGUUCUGUUUCCUAGCAAUCCUAAGAAAGCAGUGCUACCUUUCAAUUAAAAGGAACAGAAUGUUAAAUACCAAUAUGGUUUUCAUCAUUUUAGUACACUGACAUCUGCCUAAUAAGGUGGGCACUAGAAACCAGGGAAGUCUUGGGAUGGUUACAGUGUGUUUUCCCCUUCUGGUGGUAAUUAUAAACAAAGGUUGUGAGACAGUAACUUGCCUGUGUUUCUGGUUGUACAUCCUGGCCUGUGCCACCUUCUGUUAUCAUUACUACAGUGUGCUGCUUGCUUUUUCUGUUUGUUUGGGUUUUUUGUUUUUUUUUUAAUGUUCAAAUGAAUGCUUAGUCAAUAUUUUAUACAGUUGUAUAGUAUGGGGCAUAUUUAAAUUAAAAUAUUUUGUUGUCUUCUUGUAAA